GAAACCGUAAAGUUAUUUAUCACCAAAAAAAUAAAGUGCCAAUCAACACAGAGGGGGUGUCAUUUUAUUUCCAUUUAUUUUUAUAUUAUAAUUUUAAUAUUUUCCUGUAUUGUAAUGAGUUAUUAUAACUAAUUUUAUGUUAAGCAACAAUGAAUACCGUACCGGAGAAUAAUCUUAUAAAUUCCAGUCAAUAUACUCCGGUUUAUUUGAUACAAAAUGCUGGCCCCACUCAGGCAAAUUAUAUUAUAUCUCUCGGCAAUGUAGAGCAGAAGCCAGUCAGUGAUAACCUGAAAAGUUUUUACGAAAAGAGCGGCAACAUCGAAGCGGCUGCGCCGACGGUGGUCACCAGUCCGAAGCCCCGCAUACUGAAGAAACCCGAGGCGGCAACCGUCGGAAACAAUUUGAAACUCGCCAGUUUUCUGUUGCCAAAAAAUGACAAUGUAAAUAAACAAUAUGUGGUGAACAAUGUUAUUCUGAAACCCAGCGUUACUACCCCCAUAGUGAGCACAGUAAAUACGAUACCGAAAAUAGAUAUCGACAGGAAAAUAGUAAAAUUGAAGGAUGUUCCACCACUUACCCCACGCAGUCGUCCUACUGAGAGAUUUUUGCCAAAGAUUAAACCCAAAGAGAACAUAACUAACCAGAACCAAGCCAAACUGACCUCAGUGCAAUUAUUAAAGUUAGGAGAGACUUAUCACAGGGUUCAAUUCAAAUGCAUGGCUUUUAACUUAUUAUUUAUCCUCGAGACAAUAUGCCUUUUAACUGACAACAAUGUUUUAAAUAAAUUAAGUGAGGAACAAAUGAAAAUGGUGAAUCAAGCUCUGAAAAUAUUCAGUGAUCCUGAAAAAAUUGCACCAGAGCCAACUUACGAUCCUGUUACCAACACCAAGUUCAUUUAUAAGGUAGUUUCACCAAGAGAUCUCACUGUAGUUGGAAAGAAAAACUUGUUGCUGAAAGAAAAGAAAGAGGAAAAGAAACCAGAGACUAAAAAGGAUACAGUCAAAAGGCAGAUAUUUGCACAGGAUGUUGAGGAGGAACCAAGUCCUCCAACUGCAUUUCAGACGAAAGUAACUCGCAGCGGGCGUACAGUCAAAUUGCCGAAGUUGAUCGUACCACAAGAAACUCCCUACAAACCUAAAAAGAAAAAUCACAUUGUCACCUGUUUUCAAUGCUCUACUGAAUUCAGCAGUCUAUAUCGCUUACAGAAACAUUACGAGAACCAUCCAACUCAUAUCCCAGCCAAAAUCCAUUCUAACUUGUUCCAUUGCCUCCUAGCCAUUGUGAAGGGUGGCUCCGAGGAAGACAGGACUAAGAUAUUCAUACAGCAGUUGGAACAACUUAUUGUGAAGCUCAAGUCUUUGUUGCCAUGUUUGUUGAAUAAGAUCGAUGGAAAGUCUGGCAAACCUUGUACUAUUAAUGAUGAUGUUGGGAGAAUUUUUGGUAUGGAUCCAGGUAAAUACGACAUAGAUGUGAAUGCGCUUAAUUGCGUGAAAGAUAAAGAUGGCUUCUGCGUACACAAUCCUCCGGUAAACCAAGUCAAUUCAGAAGUAAAUCAACUUGAGCCCACACAAAUAUACAUAACGACACCAAGUGAGGAGCUUCCGACGGUAAUGGAAGAAGACUGUGCAAGGAUUAGCUCAGCCGAAAACUGGCCAACUGUCAGUAAACGAGUUUGGAAAUUAAAGAAACUCAAAUCACAAAAAUUGGGUACAAAGAAAAUGAGAAUAGAGACUGAUAACAAUUCUCUCCUUAAGUUAGAUAUGUCACAAAUAGAACAACAAAAUGAUUCUCCAGAAGACUUAAACUCCAUGAAGAUGAGGCUUGUCUUCCCAUGUGAUGACAUUCUAGCUCAACUAGGGGUAGACCAGCCAAAGGAACAAAACGAAACUGUGGUGCUUAAUACAACUGAGUGCAAUAAACCUCAAGAAACGACUGAUAGUUUAAUGGAACAGUGCAAACGGCCAAAAGGCCAUGCUCAAUUUCACAGCACGCAUUUUGAUAUACGAUCUUCGCCCAUAAAACCAACGUCAACUGUCUUUCGCAAGUUUCAAAUUAAUCCAGAGAAGUUACCGAAAUAUGAUGUACAAAUUAUUGGAGCUUCUGAUGAUAUAGAAAAGGAACAAACAAAAGACUUUGAUCAAACUAGUGCGGACACAUUACAGGAGAUAUUCAGAGAAAAUAAUAUUGAUAUGACAUGCAAAGAUAAUGUUAUAGAACACGGCUGGAUUAUAACAGCAAACGAAAAGUCUGAAGAUGGAUAUACAAAAUCGAACAAUUUGAUUGAACCAGCAUUACUACAUGUAAAAGAUACGGAAAAAACAGACUUGGACAAUUCAGUACAAAUGCAAACAAAUGAUAAUGACAGUCGGUUAAUGACAAGUCAAGAAGACUCGGUGUUAAACUUCUUUGAUUCUCUAGGCAACACAUGCCUAUCAUAUCCAGAGACCGAGAUUAGAACUCAUCCUGUAGAUUUCCAUCUGGACUUAUUCUCUUUUCCUAACGCACAAUAGGUUAAUUUUAGUAAUUAAGGAAUUAAUUAGAUUAUUUUACGUUUAUUAUAAUGAAAUUAUAGAUUUAUUUACUAAA